GCGCUGAGGAAAAGUCACUACCGGAAGAGCAAGAAAGAGCUGAGGUGAGCGGGCGGCGGCGGUUGGCGACCGCAGCCUGAGUCUGUCUCUCCGCCCCCGCGGUUGCGCCUCUCCGGGCGUGGAGCGCCGAAGUCCGGCGCGGGACAGCCUGGGACGCCCGGGCUAGCCUUCCUCCCCGGUUCCUCCGCGGAGCCUCCCCGGGGCCUGAAGCAGGCGGCCGGCCGAAGGAUCAUCUGUCCCUAUUGGGUGAAAUUAGCACACCUGUUGUCUUAGGUGGUCAACACGUUCUCAAUUUUCAAGGUGUAUUUCCCAUCAGGAAACUUGAAGAUAAUAUGGUCUGAACCCACAGUGAACUUCUGAACAUUGUAGUUGUGUUGAUCAGGCUGCUCUGGUCUUAGGUUCUUGAUUGUCUACAAUGGGUGAACCACAGCAAGUGAGUGCACUUCCACCGCCUCCAAUGCAGUACAUCAAGGAAUAUACAGAUGAAAAUAUUCAGGAAGGCUUGGCUCCCAAGCCUCCUCCUCCAAUUAAAGACAGCUACAUGAUGUUUGGCAACCAGUUCCAAUGUGAUGAUCUUAUCAUUCGCCCUUUAGAAAGUCAGGGCAUUGAACGGCUUCAUCCUAUGCAAUUUGAUCAUAAGAAAGAGCUGAGAAAACUCAAUAUGUCUAUACUGAUUAAUUUCUUAGACCUUUUAGACAUCUUAAUAAGAAGUCCUGGGAGUAUAAAACGGGAAGAAAAGCUAGAAGAUCUUAAGCUACUUUUUGUACAUGUACAUCAUCUUAUAAAUGAAUAUCGACCCCACCAAGCAAGAGAGACUUUGAGAGUCAUGAUGGAGGUCCAGAAACGCCAGCGCCUUGAAACAGCUGAGAGGUUUCAGAAACAUCUGGAACGAGUCAUUGAAAUGAUUCAGAAUUGCUUGGCUUCUUUGCCCGAUGAUUUGCCCCAUUCAGAAGCAGGGAUGAGAGUUAAAGCUGAGCCGAUGGAUACUGAUGAUAACAGCAAUUGUCCUGGACAGAAUGAACAACAAAGAGAAAGUUCAGGUCACAGAAGGGACCAGAUUAUAGAAAAAGAUGCUGCCUUAUGUGUGCUAAUUGAUGAAAUGAAUGAAAGGCCAUGAAGAAUAUUCCUUUUUUUCCUUUAGUAAGUAGCAUCAUAUAUUAGUUUAUUUUCUCUCAGUCUUAAGAGGUAUAACUAAAGAUACUAAGAGACUUUUUUUCAAUUGAAAUGCUGUAGGUGGUAAUUUAACACUAAACAUAGGCCAGCAAGUACAUUUGAGUAAUUGCCAUAAAAAAGCUGAAUGUUUGCUUUUGUUUGGGAUAGUCCUAUUUUUUGGAGUUGGAAUAAAAACUUGAAGUAAUAACAAAUUGUCAUUCUUGGAAAAAAAGUUAAUUUGCUUCAAGACUAAUAAAGGGCAUCAAGUGUACAUGUGAAGUUAUAAAAUGUUUAGAUUUAUUCCAAAAUAAAUAGAAAGUUUAUUUUUCUGAUUACUGUUCCAGCAAACUCAGUAUCGCAGCUUUUCUCCUCCUUAUUCUCCAUAGACUAUUUGCUAGGGACUCUUCUUUGCCCCAGUCAGGUAAUGAUGUGGUUAUGGUCCAAUUGUAUGAGAAAUGUACAUACUUCACCUUCACAGAUGGAUACAGGCUUCCCCAAAAGAUACCUCUAUUGAGUAGCUAUUCUUCAGUCUCAACAUAGCUUCUUUUCUGGUUUGUGUUUGCUAAGACUGUGUCCUAGUCUCUUAGCCAUCAUACCAUCCUCAGAAGAGUCUUGCUUCCAAAGUAGCCUAAUCAGAAUACCUUGUCCAGUUUAUAUCCUUUUCAAACACAUGUAUAUGUUGGUAGCACAGUUCUAAUCACAAAGCUAUUUAUCCACAACUCAAUCCAUCUUUAGUCAUUACAGAUGAGGAAGUAGAGGUUCAGAGAAGUUGACUUAACCAACUAAUAAGUGGCAGAAUCAAGUUAGAAAAUAGGUAUUCAGUUUCAUAGCCAAAGUACUGAACUUCGUUCUCUGUCCUCUAGUUUGUCAUACUGGAAAUCAUAACUAGAGCUACUCCAGUUUUCUAAUCCUGAAAUCCACCCUUGUAAAUACCUCAUGACACUAGACUCAAGAGGAUACAUUUGUUGAUUGGAAGAAUGACUUCUCUUUAAACAUACUCAGGAGGCAGGGUUUGUUGGUUAAGACUUCCAUAUCUUAAGAUGGUGCUUGUAAUUCUACCUAAAAACCCUUCUUAGUAGGGUUUUAGUUCCUAACUAAGACUCAUAUGAAUUAAAACUUAACAUUUAUGGUUUGGUUGGGCCAGAGUCUAUGUGGGAUAAGAAAUUGGCAAAGAUUUUUUUUUGUUUUGCCCCCUUCCUCCUCUUUUGGUUCCUUAUCAUCUCCAUCUGGUGGUAAACUUACUGUACAGCCAUUUAAUAGGCAUUGAAAGGUAUACAAUUUCUGUUUCAUAAUACUCAUCUAUGGCUUGACAGCAGUCAUAGACAAUAGGUAAAUGAAAGCACUGCUCUAAUCCAACUCUCAUAUAUGAACAAUUGGAAUAAAAUAUAGACACUGAAAAUUGAAACUCAAUUAUUCAAGAAUUUUGUGAGAUAUUUUGAGUUUUGGGGCUACCUAAAUGUAAAUUUCUACACUCUGGGAGUUGAAAAUCAGAUAACGGAGUAGAUUUGGCUGAUGGCCUACAUGGUUUAAUUUAAAUCCUGAAACAUCACUGAGAUACUAAUGUAGGGCCAGUAGGUAAGGGUGCUUGCUUAGAAAUCAUGAUUGAAGGAAAGAAUGGACUCUGAGAGUUACAGUGAAUACACUACAGAAAUAAAAACAAAAUCUCCAUAGAAUUGUUUUAAGGAUUGAAAGAGAUAACAGCUAAAAUUCUUACCACUUGUUAAAAGUUUUACUUAUUUUUGGCAUUUGUAGCCCUGGCUGGCAUGAAACUAUAUAGACCAAUCUGGCCUCAAUUCGAAUCCUGCUGCCUCAGCUGCAGUGUUGGAGUUCUAGGCAGGUGUCACCACACUCAGCUUCUGGUUUUAUUUUUCAUUUGCAAGUAACUGGGAACAAUUAUGGGGCUCUGUGUGAUGUUUCUAUGCAAGUAUACUCCACUGAGUUUUAACUUUAGCAGACCAUUGACAUUGAGCAUUACAAUUUUAAUAACUGGCUUCAUAUUGUAAUGUGAUGCUGCUGUCAAUAAGUGGCAGUCUUGCUUAAGUGUGUGGUAAUAUAGCCAGUUGCACAGAGGACUGACUGAAAUGAAACCCAGAGGCACUGCUUAUGAACUGCUCACUCCACCUCUUUUAGAACUGAAUUAGGCUUCACUUAUCUGGUUGGUACCUGUUAAAUCAGGGAUGGCUGUUAAAACACACCUAUAAUGCAACUGGAAAUGGUGCCUAACACCUGGAAUCUCAGCAUUCUGAAGCAUGUAAUCGGGGAGCUCUCAAGGCUAAAGUGGGCUACCUUGAAAGACAUAUUAAAAAGCAAAGGACAACACGACAGAAAAGCUACCUUCAACAAGUAAAGCAACCUUGAGUCUUAGAAUUUGGGCUCUACUAUUAGCUGGGUAGCUUUGAUUUGGUUUAUUAAUAUCCAUGGAUGCUCAUUUUCAUUAACCCAGGCAGUUACAGUAGUCACCCCAGAGUAAUCCUGUCAGUGAAAGACAACCACCUUAACUCCUUCUGAAACUCAUUCAGCCCCAAACAGUAUAUUCAGGCUCUAGGCUAACUAGUCAUAUGCUAAGAAAUAUCUGAUCUGAGAUGUUUUGUGGGUGCCCCAGAGUCUAGGUGGUGCUUGAGCUUGGGGCCUUAAGGCAUUACUCCUUUUGGGAAUAGGGGACAAAAGAAAAGGUAUAGGCAGCAAGUAACAAAACAUGGACAACCUUCUAAUGCAUUUGAAGAUUUGGGGAAAGUGGGCAGAUUCUUAGGAAAUUAUCAGCCCUGAUAAGAAACUCCAAGGAUACUGCAAUCGGGGUCCUGGAGGUGGGGACAACAUUUGGGAUGUAAAUAAAUAAAAUAAUAAAAACAAAAAAGAAAACAACUAGAAGUGGAAGUGGAGCUCUCACUAAGAAUGUUUGAAGUUCAAAUAGCUUCUGUGGCAAGUAAGCCUGAUAAACGUUGCCCACCGCACACGUGCUUGUGCACACACACAGAGUAAAAAGUUUAAUCUUUUGCAACUCUGUCAAUGAAUAGACAAGCAAAACAUUUCCUAAGUCUUAUAAAGUUAGUAUAAGCAAAAUAUUAAACUGAAACCUGUAAUAAUUUUUUAAAAAAGGUUUUUUAUGGCCAAUUUGCACUUACUUCAAGAAUGUGGGAUAGUAAAAUAAUAUAACAUGCUACAUAAUGGGUUUAGGAAUAAAAAUCACUUUCUCAAUAGGUGUAAAAUUUGUGAGAAUUAGGAUCCAUUCAUAAAAAAGAAAAACAACUCUUUAGCAAGAAUAGAAGGGAAUUUCCUUAAACAGCAGGUCUUAAAAAAAAAAAUCAACCAAGGAUGCCUACUAUCAAAGCUUCAAGUAUGUACUAGAUUCCCUAACCAGCAAAGCACAAAAAAUAAAAUAUUGAAAAGGAAGAAACUAAGAGAUCACCGCUGAACAGAAAAUAACCCUCAGCAUAAAUAAUUUCA